GCAGCACGCGCCCCCGGGAGCGCCCCCGCCUCCUGCCCGGGGCCGCCGCGGGCUCGCUGAGCUGUCUUCUCCCUCCGGCCGGCAGGCUGGGCGCACAGGGGCGCGGGCCCCCGCCCGGCGCGCAGCGGCACCAUGGGCACGGUGCUGUCCCUGUCCCCCAGCUACCGGAAGGCCACGCUGUUUGAGGAUGGCGCGGCCACGGUGGGCCACUACACGGCCGUGCAGAACAGCAAGAACGCCAAGGACAAGAACCUGAAGCGGCACUCCAUCAUCUCCGUGCUGCCUUGGAAGAGGAUCGUGGCCGUGUCGGCCAAGAAGAAGAACUCCAAGAAGGUGCAGCCGAACAGCAGCUACCAGAACAACAUCACGCACCUCAACAAUGAGAACCUGAAGAAGUCGCUGUCGUGCGCCAACCUGUCCACGUUCGCCCAGCCCCCACCGGCCCAGCCGCCCGCACCCCCUGCCAGCCAGCUCUCGGGCUCCCAGACCGGGGUCUCCUCCUCGGUCAAGAAGGCCCCGCAUCCUGCUCUCACCUCCGCAGGGACGCCCAAACGUGUCAUCGUCCAGGCGUCCACCAGCGAGCUGCUGCGUUGCCUGGGCGAGUUUCUCUGCCGCCGGUGCUACCGCCUGAAGCACCUGUCCCCCACGGACCCUGUGCUCUGGCUGCGCAGCGUGGACCGCUCGCUGCUUCUGCAGGGCUGGCAGGACCAGGGCUUCAUCACGCCGGCCAACGUGGUCUUCCUCUACAUGCUCUGCAGGGACGUCAUCUCCUCCGAGGUGGGCUCGGACCACGAGCUCCAGGCCAUCCUGCUGACCUGCCUGUACCUCUCCUACUCCUACAUGGGCAACGAGAUCUCCUACCCGCUCAAGCCCUUCCUGGUGGAGAGCUGCAAGGAGGCCUUUUGGGACCGCUGCCUCUCCGUCAUCAACCUCAUGAGCUCCAAGAUGCUGCAGAUCAACGCCGACCCACACUACUUCACACAGGUGUUCUCCGACCUGAAGAAUGAGAGCGGUCAGGAGGACAAGAAGCGGCUCCUCCUCGGGCUCGAUCGGUGAGCCCUGUAGCCCGCAUCCUGGCUCAAGGAUUCAAUUCAUUUUUAAAAAUUUAUUAUUAAGCAAAUCAGAUUUUGUGUACAGUAUGUGUCUAGCAAAGCCACCGAGGGCCUGUCCCUUCCCACCUUCUCUCCUUGGGGUUUUCCUCAGCCCUGCUGAGAACUCUGGGCGCUUUUGAACUCCCAAACCUUGUGCAAAACCCAGAAGAUGUAUCCAGAGCCACCCAGGCCACCGGCCUCUCAACUUUGGGGAAUUCAAAGGACUGACCUGCCUCUGCCACCUGUGCCCUUGCUGGACCAGGGCAGGUGAGGCUGCCCGCUGCGUCUGGCAUGGGAGCCGGAGGUGGGGGGGGCCUCUGGCCAGUUGGCCCAGGGAGCAGUUGGCAUUUCCGGUUGGAGGUCCUUUUCUGGCUCCUGUUUUGGGUCGUCCAUUCUCCCAGAGGCUUGUGGAGCUCGCCGCCCUGACCGAGCCACGAGUGGGGUUGUGAAGGCCGGAUGCCCGCCACCCGGGGACCACUCUUCAAUCAUGGAGAAGCCGGCCUGGUACAAAGAUUGCGUCCUGUCGUUUGGCCGCACACGACCCUGGUUUGCUCUUUUUUCUUUUUUAGGGAGAAGGGCUUUCCUUUAGUGAAGACACAGAACUUGCCCCCUGGCCACCCCUUGUCCCCUGCUCCCAGCCAUGUUGGUGGUGUUGGUCAAUGAGCUGGUUUGACUCAUGAAGUUCUUUGAUUUGGGGUCCUAGCUAAAGGAGUGGGGUGGAGCUAGGGACAGUUCCUUUCCUGGGGGAAUUUUUCAUUUGACUAAUGCAGCUUACUCACCCUGUGGCGGAGGCCAGAGCAGCUGCAGGUGCCCAUUACCAACAGCCUGCCUUCCGGGCGGGUGGGGGAGUCGUGCCCGAGACCAGCCAGUGCCCACCUAAGGGCUAAGGCCUCUUGCCGGUGCAUGUGACAUUUUGGUCCACAGAGCUGGGGUGAGGGGGUGAUGUCAGGGAUCAGGGUGAUGUGGUAGUGAUUGCAACCCCCACCCCCUUCCCCACCCCUGUUCAUUUAAAGCUGUCUCCAAACAGUUCAGUUUCUUCUGAAGACGAAGCCUUGCCCUGCAAGGCCCGAGGAGACCACUGGAUCUUGGAGACAAUUCCAAGACGGGAGUAACGCUCCUGCUUGCUUCCGAAGCCUGCUGAUUCUGCGCCUGAUCAUUUGCAGCUGCUGCUUGGGGUUUCCGCCUCACCCUAGCGGCUGUGAGAACACGCAAUGUGUGCUUAAUCAGUUUCCUUUCUGAUUCUCCCAGAUUUGGUGGCUUGGGACUUGGGAGAGGAGCGGGAGAAGGGAGCCAGUCUUCCUCCAUGGCCGGGCACUCCGGCUUUGGGGAACAAAGAGCAACGUGAAGCCGCUCUGGAGACUUCUCUCUUCCAGUCCCAGUCCCCCCCACCCCGGGGAGCGCUGGCAUGGGGGGGGCCGGGGGAAGGCAGAGGGUCCUUUGACACAGGAUUAGGUUCCAGGUGGCUGCUGGUUUCCGCACAAACACUACUGAAAUUGACGCUUAACAAGAGAAAGCUGUGAAACUGAGGCCCCGGUUUAAGAGGAGCGUUCGGUUCCCAGACCAGGGGAGGAGGGCCUGCCCCGUGCUGGGAGGGCGUUUGCUCGGCUGCGCCUCAAGGCCCACGGAGCCCUCCCGGGACCUGCCAGAUAACCUGCCGUGGAGCUGGAAGGAACCUGCGGCUGCCCGCACUGCUGGCGCAGACUGGCCGCUGCCCGGGCGGAGCCGUCGAACGGCCUGUCUGUUCAGAUCCCGCCGCCACGUGCGACCUGAGUGAUAUUGUGCAUGCGAACCAGGAGCAUUUUGUGUCUUAAGAAAAAUAAUCUUAGAACAGAUGGCUGUGAGCAUUACACCCGUCGACAGAACAAGUCACAGGAAUAAUAGUUCAGGAUUUGGUUUUCCUCUUUUUCUUGUAAACCUGAAGGGUUGAUAUAUUCUUUCCAUACAUUAUUAGAAUCUAGUUUUGUUCCAAAGUUGUUAAACUUGCAAUGAAAAGAAAAUGUGCCAUUUUUUUCCCACUCGGAAUUAUUCAUAGCUGUAUAUUUGAAACUGCUAAUUAUGCGUGCGGUGUAUGUUCUUAGUGCAAUUUGUUCUGUAGUUCCUCUUUGACCAAACCGUGGGUAUUGUUAACAUUAAUUUAUAUUUGUCUCAUCCUGUAUGUGUGUGUGUAGUGUGUUUGUAAGUAUGUGUGGUUUAUAAUCUGACAAGGUCAUGAAGCUCAGUUUGGCUGUAAUUUAAUUCCCCUUCCCUUAUUUUUAUUUAUUUUUGUACUGUGCUGAUUAAAUAAAAUGCACUGACCAUCCAUUA